AUGGCGCUCCUGACGCACAAAGCGCUUGCAAACUACGAGGAGCAGCAAGCUGCCUUCGAGGACUUCUUGCGCAACUUCAAGUCUUCCACCGCAGAGACAGAAGAUGCUCUCGACGAUUUGCGGCUGGACGGCGACAGCGAUGAGUACGACUUCAUGGACGCCGACGAUGCGGCGCGAGAACAGCGACGUGGGACACGAUCGAAGACAAAGUACAUGAACGUGCUGCAAGAUGUAGCUGAACGGACAAAGUCGCAGGUGCUGAUAGAUCUGGACGACCUGGAGCAAUACGAGAGGACGUUGGACGAGGAUACUGCCCUGUCUAUGAACCUUGUGCAUUCUGUCGAGAAGAACGCACAUCACUACAUUGAGAUCUUCUCCCGCGCCGUCGACAAAGUCAUGCCUGCGCCUACAAAGGAGCCGAACUUCAAGGACGACGUGAUAGAUAUAAUCAUGACCCAGCGAUCGAAGCGCAACGACAAUGUGCGGCAGCAGCAGGAGAACAACAUUGACGGAGCAAUACCCGAAUCGAUCUUCCCUCCCGAGCUUACUCGACGAUACACACUCAAUUUCAAACCGAUCACCCCUUCUGGCUCAAGUAGCGACAAAGGCAACAAAGCACUGGCAGUACGACAAGUGCGAGGCGAGCAUCUUGGUCAGCUAAUCACAGUGCGAGGUAUCACGACUAGAGUGUCAGACGUGAAGCCUGCGGUACUGGUCAAUGCGUACUCUUGCGACCGCUGUGGCCAUGAGAUCUUCCAGCCUGUCACCGCAAAGCAGUUCACACCACUGGUGGAGUGUCAGUCAGAAGACUGCGUGAAGAAUGGCGCCAAAGGACAGCUCUUCUUAUCAACACGUGCGUCGAAGUUCUUGCCAUUUCAGGAAGUCAAGAUCCAGGAGAUGGCAGAUCAGGUACCCGUUGGCCACAUUCCACGACAGCUCACGAUACAUUGUCACGGCGCUCUUGCCAGACAGAUCAAUCCUGGCGAUGUCGUGGAUAUCGCUGGCAUUUUCUUACCCACGCCAUACACUGGCUUCAAGGCGAUUAAGGCUGGCCUGCUUACGGACACAUACCUCGAGGCGCAGUAUGUCAACCAGCACAAGAAGGCUUAUGACAAUAUGGUGCUUGCACCAACCACGAUCCGACGGAUGACCGAGCUCGAACAGUCAGGCCAGCUAUACGAAUACCUCAGCAGAUCAAUCGCGCCAGAAAUCUUUGGCCAUCUGGAUGUGAAAAAAGCACUACUUCUUCAGCUCAUUGGCGGUGUUACGAAGGAGAUGGGUGAUGGCAUGCGCAUUCGUGGCGAUAUCAACGUCUGUCUUAUGGGUGAUCCUGGUGUGGCUAAAUCUCAAUUACUGAAGUACAUCACGAAAGUCGCGCCUCGUGGAGUGUACACUACCGGACGAGGUAGCAGUGGUGUUGGUCUUACAGCUGCUGUGAUGCGCGACCCUGUUACAGAUGAGAUGGUGCUCGAAGGCGGUGCGCUUGUGCUUGCAGACAACGGUACUUGCUGCAUCGAUGAAUUCGACAAGAUGGACGAUUCGGACAGGACUGCCAUCCAUGAAGUCAUGGAGCAGCAGACUAUUUCGAUAUCGAAAGCCGGCAUAACCACGACGUUGAACGCUCGAACAGCGAUUCUUGCUGCUGCUAAUCCUCUAUACGGUCGAUACAACCCGCGCAUCUCCCCUGUGGAAAAUAUCAAUCUGCCUGCGGCCUUGCUUAGUAGAUUCGAUAUCCUCUUCCUGAUCCUCGACACGCCUUCACGAGAUGCGGACGAAGAACUUGCUCGGCACGUGACAUUUGUGCACAUCAACAACAAACAUCCUGAGCCACAAGGUGGUGGGCUGAUCUUCACGCCAAACGAAGUUCGACAGUGGGUGGCCCGCGCGCGAUCCUUUCGCCCUGUCGUCUCAAAGCAAGUCUCCGACUAUCUUGUUGGUGCUUACGUACGCCUACGCCAACAACAGAAGCGAGAUGAAGCCGGCAAGAAGACAUUCACGCACACUUCUCCACGUACUCUGCUCGGUAUUUUGCGUGUCUCCCAAGCUCUAGCACGUCUGCGAUUCGCAGAAGAGGUCAUCACAGAUGAUGUGGAUGAAGCUCUCCGACUAAUCGAGGUGAGCAAAGCAAGUCUGUACGAGGACCAACGGGAUCGCAGAGGCGAUCAGUCUGCCAGCUCGAAGAUCUACAACCUCAUCCGCGGCAUGCGUGAUAGUGGUGCGGCGGCCACGGGCGAAGGUCGCGGCGAGAUGGAUAUGCGGAGAGUACGUGAACGAGUACUGGCGAAGGGUUUCACUGUGCAGCAAUUAGAGAGCUGCUUGGAGGAGUAUGCUGAUCUGGAUAUCUGGCAAACGGCUGCUGAGGGUACGAGGCUGGUCUUUAUUGAGACUGGGGAUGAGGAUGCGGAUAUGGGUGACGAGGACUUUUGA